GCGAACAAUCUAGUUCCUGCUGCUAAUGUAGAAUUGGUUACGUUCGGUCAGCCUCGCACUGGUAACAAAGAUUUUUCCGCUGCACACGACAAGCAGAUGGCUUACUCUUUCCGCGUAACUCAUUCACGUGACAUAGUUCCGCACGUACCUCCAGAGAAUCUAGAAGGCUACUAUCAUCACAAAUAUGAGGUUUUAUUAUAUUCUGAUUGUGCUAAUUUUGCUCUUUCACAGCAAGCAGUGUUCUACCACAAUGAUAUGAAGCCUGGAGCGAGUUUCAAAGUCUGUUCUGCCGACGAAGAUAAGGGAUGCAGUGACGGCCUCGAUAUCACCACUUCAAUUUCUGAACACUUACAUUAUUUUAAUGUUGAUGUUAGUGGAUAUGGUGAGAAUGGAUGCAAGUAG